GGACCCGCCGCGCCCUCCGCCGGGCUGCCCGCAGGCAGGCGCCGGGCCGGCCGGAGGUGGUGCUCGCCUCCCGCGCGGGGCCGUGCGUUGCCCGGCAGCGGCUGCGAGGCUCGGGAGGGGGCGGAGCGGCGCGGCCGGCGUGCAGCGGCCCCAGUCCGCGGAUCCGGCCCGGCCCGCCCCCGCCUCGCCGGCCUCGCUGCGCGCCGGUGCGCGGCUCCCAGUCCUCGCCGCAGCGGCCGCCCGCGUCCCGGGCCCGAGCGCGCCCACGCCGCGAGGCCGGUGUGCCGGGAGCCGACGCGUGGCCAUGGAGCGGGAGCCCCGCGCCAAGGUUGCGCUGGUGCCGGGCGGAGCGGCCGCGGGCCUUCCUCCCGCCACCGCCGCCCGGGGCUGCUGCUCCCCGGCCUCUGGCUGCUGCUGCUCGCCCGGCCGGCCUCGUGCGCCCCAGAUGAACUCUCCCUGGAACAGCACAACCCUUCUUUACGUCCCGAGGAGUUCCUGCCGGAGACGAGCAUCAUGCCCAGCGCUACACGUGUGGCCUUAUCAGAGACUGCUCCAGGGGCCCAGCCAGGCCUCUCUGUCCUGGUCCUCUCCUCUCCAUCUGCCACUACUUUUGAUACAGCCUUUUUAAGCCACAGACAUCAGACUCAAAGUACAGCAGAGCCCAGCAUCUUUGCGGCACCGUAUGGAUCUGUGACGAGUAACGAGGUGGCCGUUGAUGACGAUGAGAUGGAUAACUUCUUGCCAGAUGUUCACUGGACCUCUUCAGGGGUGGCUUCCCCAAUGCGGUCUAUCUCACCGAACUCACGAGAGCCGCCUCAGGAAAUGCCGGAGCCUGGGAUGACUCCAUCGCUACCCACCAUUUCUCUGCAGGAUGAAGCGCUGUCUGGAUGUCAGAACACGGCACAACAGGCAACCGUGCACGUGGAGUCCUCCGGCGAUUUCAGCACUUCUUGGUCAGCUUUUCUCACAUCUGAGGGCAUCAUUCCAACUCCUAGUAGGAGUUUGGUGCUUCAUCCUACUGAAAUUCACAGCCAGUUAUCAAGCAAGGCUUUGCCAGAGACGGUAGCUUCUGUGACAGAGGGCGCGGAAAACCUCCUUUUCAGCUCCUGGAUCUCCGUGCCCCAGCCAGUGGGCGAUGGCGUGACUCAGCAGCCAUCUGUUCCCCUGUGGGAGGUCUCACAGCCUCUAAUGGGUGUCCUGGCCACAAGCACAGACAGAAAUCCUAAUGGGACCGCCGCGUGGAGUGAACGCCGGGAAGAAGCCGUCUCUCCAAGAGCACUGCCUACUGCAACCACGUCACCCACAGACCCCGUUUUCACCAGCCCGCUCUCUGCUGCAUCUUCAACCCCGCCUUCAUCUGUGUCUUUUGCUGCCCAACCAGCCGGCAUUUCAGAUAACCCCUUCUUCCUCUCUAGCGAGGCCGGGGAAACGUUCGAAUCACCACCACACAGCUCCACAGUCCCCAGUUUUGCUGACCAUCCUCAUGCCCUGAACCCUGAGGCCUCCCUGAGACCACACACAUGGUGUGUGUCCUGUGUUUUCUCAUCACCUCAGCAGGUUUUGGCCAGGAGCCUCACAGAGAAGGAGAUGGGAUCAGGGGACGGGCGUGAAGCUCUGUCUACGGCCUCAGGAGAAGCAAGCCGUCUCUCGCCAUCAAGCAGCGUGGGCACAGACCUCUCUGAACUUGAAGAUCUUCGAGAAUUUAAUACUCUUUUCCCUUCCAGACCCGUCGUCUCCCUUUCUUCCAGAUCUGUGGGGUUGUGGGAAGUCAGCCUGGACAUGUCACCUGAGGUGGAUAUGAGCGGCAUGACCACCACGCAGGUGUACCCUGCCCAUGGCCACCUCUCCACACCAAGCUCACCUGAUUCCACCUUUGGCUUCUCUGUCACCAGUGAUCUAGUGAUGCCAUCCAGUGUGACCUAUUUGUUGUCCUCAGUCAUCCCUAGCGUCCAUUUUGAGUCACCUCUCUCUUUGACAGCAAAUCAAACCACGCCAUCCCUUCCAGCUGGAAACCCAAGCUUUCUCACCUCUUAUGGUUCGGCCUCCUCGGUAGAGUCUCAAGUUGUUGCUGACCCAGAGCCUACCAGCCUUUUGCAGCUCGAGUCUGGGAGUCUUUUGGAUUCCACAUCCAGCCUUUUCUCCACUCCGCCCCUGGACUUCAGCACUCCGGCCCCUUCACGGUCAGAUCUUCUUGCUUACCCAUCUUUGACGUCCACCGAUCCAUCAGCUUCCCUUCCUCAGCCUCCUCCCACCAUGGCUGAGACAUUUCCAUUGUCCAGCUCUCUCAAUUUGCAGUCACCUCAGCUUUUUGUUCUUAAGCCCACAAGUCUAGAGCCAUCUCAGCCUUGGUCAAGUCCAGACCUCCUUGUGAAGACAGUCACUCUUCUUCCCAGUCACUCCGAAAUGCCCCCACUGUCAAGCUCCCCCUCUGAUCCUCUCAAGUUCGCCGAAGCAUGGAGAGUUUCCCUGAUAGAGUCUGGUGUUCAUCUUACCUCAGUUUUCUCUGAAGCCACCUCUGUCUUUGAAUUGUCACUCAUUCCCCCUGGGUCCUCAGGAAGCACACUGGUGCCCUCCGGCUCCGAGACCACCCUUGGCAUCUCACCUGCUGGGACUCACUUCUCAUCACUGCCAGCUGUUUUCCAUUUGACACCCAUUUUAACCGGGUCAUCUCCAUUCUCGACUCUGACCCCUUCCGAUGGCAGUGUGAGUGUGACAGACCAUUCCACACCUGUCUCACCCAUAUCCACCAGUGCCAUUCCGACCAGCACAGAGUCGAUCUCUGACUUGUACCUGUCAGCCUCCCCAUCACUUGCUUCCGAAGUAAGCCCUUCACCUAUGCCCACAAAGCCAGUCAUGGGCUCAUCAUUGACACCCACAGGUUCACCACCCACUACCUCCCCAGAACCAAGUCCAUCCCCGGAACCAAGCAUGCCCAAUACCAGCACUGCCCCUGGUGAUACCGUGGACUCUGCUCUGAACAGCGAGCCUAUGAGUCAGAGCCCUCAGGGGAACAGUGUACCCCCUCCCCAGCCCUCCCUCGGUCCUGUGACCGCCUCCACGCUCGAAGCCACAGUUGGUACACCAGCACUGGCCACAGCCAAGCCGCCAUAUGUGUGUGAUAUUACAGUUCCCGAUGCCUAUUUGAUCACAACUGUGCUGGCCAGGCGAGCUGUGCAGGAGUACAUCAUUACGUCAAUCAAAGAAGUGUUGAGGAUUCACUUCAACCGUGCGGUGGAGCUGAAGGUUUAUGAACUGUUCACAGACUUCACUUUUCUGGUAACAUCCGGUCCUUUUAUUUAUACGGCAAUAUCGGUCAUCAAUGUCCUCGUCAGUAGUAAACUCGUGCGGGACCAGACUCCUUUAAUCUUGUCUGUGAAGCCAUCCUUCCUCGUGCCAGAGCCCAGGUUUCAAGUUCAAACAGUCCUUCAGUUCGUGCCUCCAAGUGUGGAUACUGGCUUCUGCAACUUCACCCAGAGUGUGGAGAAAGGCCUGAUGACUGCUCUCUUUGAAGUGCGGAAACACCAGGGGGCAUAUAACCUCACAGUGCAGAUUGUGAAUGUCACUGUUGGCUCCUCACGGGUGGCUCCUCGCAGGGGCCCAGUGAAUAUCAUCUUUGCUGUUAAAGGCAUGCAGGGCUUCCUGAAUGGGUCAGAGGUGAGCGAUCUGCUCCGGAACCUGACGGUGGUGGAGUUCAGCUUUUACCUGGGGUACCCAGUGCUGCAGAUCGCAGAACCCUUCCAGUACCCACAGCUCAACCUGUCUCAGUUGCUGAAGUCCUCUUGGGUCAGAACAGUCCUCCUGGGCGUCGUGGAGAAGCAGCUCCAUAACGAAGUGUUUCCGGCGGAGAUGGAGCGCAAACUGGCCCAGCUGCUCAGUGAGGUGCCCACCAGGCGAAGAGUGUGGCGGAGGGCCACCGUGGCCUCCGGGAACAGUGUGGUGCAGGUAGUGAAUGUGUCCAGGCUGGAGGGAGACGACAAUCCCGUGCAGCUCAUCUACUUUGUGGAGAAUCAAGAUGGAGAGAGACUCACUGCAGCCGAGUCUUCAGAUCUGAUCAACAAGGUAGACCUUCAGAGAGCGGCCAUCAUCUUAGGCUACCGGAUUCAAGGUGCCAUUGCCCAGCCUGUGGACAGAGUGAAGAGGCCGUCCCCGGAGUCACAGAGCAGCAACCUGUGGGUCGUGGUUGGCGUGGUCAUCCCCGUGCUGGUGGUCACUGUGAUUGUCGUCAUCCUCUAUUGGAAGCUGUGCCGCACAGACAAGCUGGAUUUCCAGCCUGACACGGUGGCCAACAUACAGCAGCGGCAGAAGCUGCAGAUCCCCAGUGUGAAAGGCUUUGAUUUUGCUAAGCAGCACCUGGGUCAGCACAAUAAAGAUGACAUACUGAUUAUCCAUGAGCCUGCACCACUGCCUGGACCUGUGAAGGACCACGCCACACCCUCUGAAAAUGGAGAUGUGCCCAGCCCCAAGUCAAAGAUCCCUUCCAAGAACAUCCGCCACAGGGGAAGAGUUUCUCCCUCAGAUGCAGACUCUACCGUCAGCGAGGAGUCCAGCGAGAGGGACGCCGGGGAGAAGCCGCCGGCCACUGCGCAGGAGAGCAAGGCCCACAGAGCUCCGCAGAGUGGUGCCCCUCUGCCCACUUCAGGCAACGAGCAGCAUUCCUCAGCCUCCAUCUUCGAGCAUGUUGACCGCAUUUCCCGCACCUCAGAGGCCAGCCGGAGGGUCCCCAGUAAGAUCCAGCUCAUCGCCAUGCAGCCCAUCCCAGGACCUCCUGUGCAGCACCCCGUCCUGGCCGACCGAGUGGCAGAAACCAACAAAAUCAACAAGGAGAUCCAGUCUGCGCUGCGCCACAAGUCCGAGAUCGAGCACCACCGUAACAAGAUCCGCCUGCGUGCCAAACGCCGAGGCCACUACGAGUUCCCCGUGGUGGAUGACCUGUCUUCGGGAGACACCAAGGAGCGACACCGCGUGUACCGCAGGGCACAGAUGCAGAUCGACAAGAUCCUGGACCCCGCAGCCAGUGUGCCCUCCGUGUUCAUAGAGCCCAGGAAGAGCUCACGGAUAAAACGUUCUCCUAAGCCACGCCGGAAACACCAGGUCAAUGGCUGUCCCGCUGAUGCCGAGAAGGACAGACUCAUCACCACAGACAGUGAUGGCACAUACAAGCGGCCCCCGGGUGUGCACAACUCGGCCUAUAUUGGAUGCCCAUCUGAUCCUGACCUUCCGGCUGAGGUGCAGACGCCGUCCUCGGCUGAGCUGAGCAGGUAUCCGGGCUUGCCCUUCUCAGCCUCUCAGUACAUCCCCCCCCAGCCGUCCAUCGAGGAGGCGCGCCAGACCAUGCACUCCCUCCUGGAUGACGCCUUCGCCCUCGUGGCCCCCAGCAGCCAGCCUCCCAGUGCCCCGGGAGCAGGUCCCGGGGUGCCGGCCAGCCUGCCUGUGAAUAGUACCCCUUCCAGGGAAGAAAGGCGAGCCACGCAGUGGGGGUCUUUCUACAGUCCAGCCCAGUCGGCCAACAACCCCUGCAGCAGAUACGAAGACUAUGGGAUGACGCCCCCAUCAGGCCCGUUACCAAGACCUAGCUUCGGCCCAGGGUUGCUGCCAUCUUCAGAGUUGGUCCCCCCUGAACCCCCACAGCCACAGUCAUCAGCUGAAGCUCCAUUUGCUGCCCGAGGGCUCUACCCUGAGGAGAUGCCGUCGGUCGCCCGUCCUCGGCCUGUUGGGGGCACCACAGGCUCCCAGAUCCAGCACCUGACGCAGGUGGGAAUCGCAAGCCGAAUCGGGGCCCAGCCGGUGGAAAUCCCUCCCGGCAGAGGCGGCCAGUACGGGGGACCAGGCUGGCCUGUGUACGGGGAGGAGGAGGCCGGGCGAAGAGAAGCCGUGCCAAGGACUUCGGGCAGGGAGCCCUCAGCUCCUCCCGGGAACCUCACCCACCGAGGGCUGCAGGGCCCUGGGCUGGGUUACCCCACCAGCUCCACAGAGGACCUCCAACCCGGCCACUCCUCCGCCUCCCUCAUCAAAGCGAUCCGAGAGGAGCUCCUGCGACUCUCCCAGAAACAGGGCUCAGUACAGAACUUCCACAGCUGAUCAGCACCCCCUUGCAGGUUUGCCAAGUAUCUGCUUCCUGUGGAAGCAAGACCAAAAGGAAAUCAACUGAGUGGGUGUUUGUAAGAGUCGGAAGCAGCAUCUGCGGGCAAGCCGCCCGAGGAAGGGAACAAGUUGCAAUUUUAGAAGAUGCCAUAAAGUCGCACGGACAACUCAUGGUUCAUCCGCUGGGUUGGCAAUUUGGUGGCCACUUGGGUUCAGUCAAAAUGUGUGUACUUUGGGCCAAAAGCCAGCACUUCACACACACACACACACACACACACACACACACACACACACACACACACAAGAAAAACCAAAACUCAGUCCUAAGCUAACAAAAAAUGUUAAGUUAGUCUCCUCUUUCAGAGGCAAAAUAUUAAAACCUACAGGUGGUUAGGGAUGGAGGAGGCAGCGUUUCCAUGGGAGUCUGACCGGCUCGUACAGCACACCCGCUGCUCUGUUUCCUGAGAAGAGAGAUUGCAAGACAUUUUAGUACCAGCUUGGUCCCUCUUUUCCUCCAUAGGAACUUAUUUUAAUAGUAAUAUUAACAACAAGACAUGCUGAGACUGUUUGGUAAUCUAAAAGAAGCUACCAGUGAGAAACGCAAUGGUAGGUUGUGGAGCCUGGUGAUUCCAAACGAAGCCAUCGCCUGCGUCCCUUCUCCUUCUUGUGGUGCUAAGCUCCGAGGGCCCUUCACCUUCCCGUCUGCCAGGCACAGCUGUGGCUUUUGCAGGACAAGAGUAUGUUGGCGGUUUCGUUGUGUUCUGGGGAUGGGGGAAGAAAAGGAAAAAAGAACUCCCGCAUUGGGGAGGGGGAAGCUUAAUAUUUAUUUGGUUAUUCAAAAUACAUACCAGAGUUUAGACUUCCA